UAUGAACUGUAUUCAAAAUCCAUUCAUUCUCUUGUAAACAAGUAAAGUUAUAGUGUUCUUGUUAAUUGUUUAUAUUUGCGGUAAUAUUAAACGCAAAUUAAUUUACUAGCUGUUUUCUAAUUCAAUCGCUUAGCGCAAAGGGAGAAGUACAAAAAUGUCGAUUUUAAAUUACAACGGCAGCGCGAUGGUCGCAAUGAAGGGGGACAAGUGCGUUUCGAUCGCGACCGAUAAAAGGUUCGGCGUACAGGCGCUCACGGUUUCGAUGGACUUCCCGAAGGUGUUCGAAAUGGGCCCCCACCUAUAUCUCGGCCUGCCCGGUCUCGCGACCGACAUACAGACAGUUUUCGAAAAGCUGCGUUUCAGAAAGAACUUAUUCGAGCUGAGGGAAAAUAGGAAAAUGUCGCCUAAGGUUUUUAGCGCGAUGGUUUCGAAUAUGCUUUACGAGAAGCGAUUCGGUCCGUUCUUCGUCGAGCCCAUCGUAGCCGGACUAGAUCCGUUCACUUACGUUCCGUACGUGUGCAACAUGGAUUUAAUUGGUUGUCGGAACGAACCGGAGGACUUCGUUACCGGCGGAUCUGCUUCCGCGCAAUUGUUCGGCAUGUGCGAGUCACUGUGGGAACCCAAUAUGGGUCCUGAGGAUUUAUUUGAGACUACUUCUCAGGCCUUAAUUAAUGCGUUUGAUCGUGAUGCCAUUUCUGGAUGGGGUGCGAUUGUUCAUAUCAUAGAGAAAGACAAAGUAACAACGCGUGAAUUGAAAACCCGUAUGGAUUAGGAAGGAGGUGUUAUUUAUAAAAAUUUUUAUAUAAUAAAGCAGAAAUAUGCAA